UCACUAGGUGGCAGUAGUAACGGCUUUGAUGUCACUGCGCAUGCCCGAAUAAAAUUACUCAACAAACAUGGCGGCACCAUACUUGACAUUAGUCAGGACGGUACUAAAAGGUGUUCCCGGUCAGUGGCUCCUCACUCAGAGCUGCCAGACCCCGGCACUGUGUCAGUGUUUGCGGCUGCAGGCUGCUCGGUAUCGGCCGCUGCAUGUCUCCUCGGCUGCCUCCUUGUGCAGCUCCAGGACAGAGACACAGAAGAGUACACACACAGACAACACAGCAGGCACACACAAGACAGCAAACACACACACCGGUGACAGGAGAGCCGGGGAGGAGCAGGAGGAGGAGGAGGAUGAGGAUGGUCCGGAGUACAUCCCCAAGAAAAAGGCGAAGAAUCCCAUGAUGAAGAUUGGCUAUGCCUGGAUGAUAGGCCUCCCCACGGGUAUCAUCACCUUCCUCCUGGCCAAAAGGGAAGUGGACAAGAACCGACUGAAGCAGCUGAAGGUUCGACAGAGGAUGCGAAGGUCAAACGAGGGAGACUACGAAGGGAGCCGCUACCGCCAUCAAACAGAGGGUGCUAAACUGGACCAGUGAUGUGCAUGUGCGGCAGCUACCGUAUGAUUUUCACCACAUCCGGAAUGUCACUACUGAGACAGUGACUCCUGCACUAAAGACUGAUUAUAGAAGAGGUGUCAAGUUUAUGAGCUCGUGUUAAGAACAUCCAGUACUGUUUAACUCUUUCUUCUUUAAGCUGAUGUUGGCAAUCUGGGAAGGAACGUGAGGCUUUAUUCAUGAAAUCGGUUCUUUGCAGAUUUUGACUAAUUUUUUUUCCUAAUGAUGAGAGAAUGAUGUAAUAUUUAUUAGCCAUGAUGCCUAUGUUCUAUAAAUAUAAUGGAGAAAAUGUGAAAUAUCA